CUACCUUUAAAAAACGACCAAAACAAUCGGAACCCAACAAAAAAUAUGCUCCUCUCGUCCCCUACACCCUGAGAUCUUUCACCUAAAAAAAAAGAAAUCGUCGCUUUCAAAUCUUCUUCGAGUGAAAACCAUAAAAACUUGGAAAAGAUUGCCAAGCACAUCCCAAUUGAGAUUCCUCUCGGUUGCUCCAUAGAUAUAAGAGCCAAAACCACCACAACUCGAGCAGAGAGAUAAAAUAAACCGAAGGGUUGCGAAAACAGAUAAUAUAUAUUAUAAUCGCAAAUGCAAGAAUGAAAAACCUGGCAAAUACCCUGACACAAUUCCCAAAACGGGCCCUCGAUCUCGACUGGAUACUCCUGCUUCUCGCCCUAUCAUUCCUAGCCUACGUUUCUCUCUCAUCCUCCCCAGCCUCUCUAUCCAUCUCUCUCCGCAGUUUUCCCCCCUUCAAAUCCAAAUUUGGCGGCCGUGCCCCGACCCGACCCGAGAGCCCGUUAAACGGGUCGAGAAUCGCCGUUUGUUUGGUGGGCGGGGCCCGCAGGUUCGAGCUGACCGGGCCGUCCAUUGUGGAGAGGAUUCUCCGGGUUUAUGAAAAUUCGGAUCUUUUUCUCAACAGCCCAUUUGAUUUGAACGCGUACAAGCUUCUGCUGUUGAACGAUGCACCCAGAAUAGCUGCUGUCAGAAUAUUUAAACCCGAACCCAUACCCGAGACUGAGUCGGAGGUCCGGGUUUUGUCGGCUGCCGACUCGCCCAACGGCAUACAGGGCUUGUUGCAAUAUUUCAACCUUGUAGAAGGCUGCCUAAAUAUGAUCAAAGCAUAUCAAAAAGAGAAAAACUUCACUUAUGACUGGGUCAUCCGAACAAGAGUGGACGGGUACUGGUCCGCCCCACUGGCGCCCGAAAACUUCAUUCCAGCCAAAUAUUUAAUUCCGCCAGGUUCGUCCUACUAUGGCCUAAACGAUCGAUUUGGAGUAGGAGACUACAAUACCUCAGUUGUAGCACUUUCGAGGCUCUCCUUAAUCCCUCAGCUGGAAUCGGCUGGAUUUACCCAACUCAACUCCGAGUCUGCUUUCAAGGCCCAACUCACCACCCAAAAGGUUGAAUUCACCACCAACCCUCUGCCAUUCUGUAUAGUGACUGAUCGCAAAUAUGAGUUUCCUCCGGCCCGGUUUGGGGUGCCCGUGGCCGCGCUGUCGAGCCCGGGCCCACUUAAUGGCGCCAAGUGCAGGCCUUGCCGGCCCGUCUGUACUGGAUCUUGUGUUGGGCCUAUCAUGAAUGGGCUUGCUAGAAACUGGAGCUGGACCGAGUGGACUGGAUAUUCAGUUGAGCUUUGUGAUGCACACGGCGAGUGGGAGAAUGGGUGGGAGAUGUUGUUUGAUCAAGUUGCUGGGAAAAAACUGGCUUCUGCGAGGAACAAAGUUUGGGCUUUGAAUAUGAGCCAAUGCGUUGAUGGAUUUGAUAGAAUGAAGAGACGGACGGCCCACUGGUAUGGGUCUGGACCCGAGGAAAUUUGCAGGCAGGGCCUCAAGCCGAGGUGACGACAAAACAGAUCUAGAUUUCGUAAAGAGAUAUUUGAGGUUUUUUUUUUUAUUAUUAUUUUUUUUUUUGUUUUUUUUCUUUAAGUGAAUGACACGCGUACAUUAACAAAGAAAUUAAGUGAACUCAAAGCCUAUGCAUGUUAUUGU